AUGCGGACAGUGGUAAUAACUUUGAUCUUGAGCGUUGGGUGCAUCGGCAUUGUUUCAGCCGGUAAGUGUGUUGUUAGGAUUACUGUAACAUAACAAAAAAAUGAGUUUUAAAAUAAUUUUGAAAUCGAUUUGUAUUACUUUUGGCACUCCAGUUAGUACUAUUUACCAACAACAGGUUGUUUUCACAAUUAGCCGUACUGCCAUUGUUAUCCAUACAUUUCAGCUUCUGUUUUCGUGGAGUCAGAUAAACCAGAAGAAAACAGACUAUACGACGGUCGUCCCUACUCCAUCGAGUUCAUGGCCAAGCGAGCGGCCCUACCGUACUCUGGUGGCAUCUACGGUAAACGAGCAGCCGCCUUACCGUAUUCCGGAGGUAUCUACGGUAAACGAGCAGCACUACCGUAUUCUGGAGGCAUCUACGGUAAGCGGGCCUCGGUCCCCUUCUCCGGAGGCAUCUACGGCAAACGGUCAUCAGAUGACAUUCCUCUGGACCACGUGAACGGGAUCAGCAUUCGCGCUAUGCCAAUCAAUGGCGGGUUCUACGGAUGA